GGCUGAGGAGGUGCAGAUAAACUGACCUGGACCAAAUUGAGUUUAUAAUUUUCAGAACUAUGGCUGCUGCAAUUUCUACAGUCGCCGAGAGCAAGGAGCUCAGAGGUCUGAAUCUUGUCGCCGCGCAUUCCCAUAUUAGAGGGCUAGGUGUUGAUCCCGAUACUCUACAGCCCCGCUCUUCCUCACAAGGCCUAGUUGGCCAAGAAAAGGCGCGAAAAGCUGCUGCGGUUAUUCUCCAGAUGGUCAAGGAUGGGAAGAUUGCUGGACGCGCCGUUUUGAUCGCUGGCCCGCCAAGUACCGGAAAGACCGCCAUUGCGAUGGGAAUGGCGCAGUCGCUAGGGCCUGAUGUACCGUUUACCAUGGUCGCUUCGUCCGAACUGUUUUCCCUUGAGAUGUCGAAGACGGAGGCCCUUACCCAAGCAUUCCGCAAGUCUAUUGGAGUGAGAAUAAAGGAGGAAAGUGAAAUUAUUGAAGGAGAAGUGGUGGAGAUACAAAUCGACCGCAGCGUUACUGGGGGUAAUAAACAAGGCAAACUGACGAUAAAAACCACCGAUAUGGAAACAAUCUACGAUAUGGGAGCGAAAAUGAUUGAUUCAAUGACAAAAGAGCGUGUUAUGGCGGGUGACGUUAUCUCUAUCGACAAGUCCUCUGGCAAGAUUACGAAGCUGGGAAGAUCUUUUGCUAGAUCCCGAGAUUACGAUGCCAUGGGUGCCGAUACGAAGUUUGUUCAGUGCCCGGAGGGUGAACUUCAGGUCCGUAAGGAAAUUGUUCAUACGGUUAGCCUGCAUGAAAUCGACGUUAUCAAUUCGAGAACGCAAGGCUUCCUCGCCCUUUUUUCUGGCGAUACUGGUGAAAUACGAAGCGAAGUUCGGGAUCAGAUUAAUACAAAGGUUGGCGAGUGGAAAGAAGAAGGAAAGGCCGAGAUUAUUCCCGGAGUUCUGUUUAUCGACGAGGUUCAUAUGCUGGACAUUGAAUGUUUCUCAUACAUCAAUCGGGCCCUUGAAGCCGAGCUAGCGCCAAUCGUGAUCAUGGCAAGUAAUCGGGGCAAUACCAGAAUCAGAGGGACAACCUAUCGAUCUCCUCAUGGUCUCCCGCUAGAUUUUCUGGACAGGGUUGUCAUUGUGAGCACCCAGCCAUACACUGGAGAAGAAAUCCAACAGAUACUGGCUAUCCGAGCUCAAGAGGAAGAGAUCGAUCUCACACCGGAUGCAUUGGCUCUUUUAACCAAAAUUGGCCAAGAGUCGGGACUACGUUACGCUAGCAACAUCAUCACAACGUCGACUCUGCUCAGCCAGAAACGAAGAUCAAAAGACGUGGGAAUCGAAGACGUGCAGCGCAGUUAUCGCCUUUUCUAUGACCCUGCUAGAAGUGUGAAGUUUGUGACUGAAUUUGAGAAGCGAUUUAUUGGUGACGAGGGCCAGGUCAAUUUUGCUCACACCAAUGGUGAUGCCAUGGACACCUCCUAAUUGAUGAUUUUCUUUUCUUGAACUGGGUAUGGCGCAAACGGCAACUAGGAUGCUAAAAAUGUCACAAUCGCGUAUUAUAUGAACGGCGCAAAAAACAGGUCUUGGGUUACUGGCAAUAGCAGACCUUUUUCUUUUCUGUUUACUUAGCUGAGGCGAUAGAAUAAUUGAUGA